AUGGACCCAAGCUGCUAUUGCAACUAAUAAAUGCGCACAUUAUCAGGCUGUGCAAACCUUGCCUUAAGUUUCUCCCAAACCUCCUUAGCUGAGUUAACAUACAGAACAUUAGAGGCUAUUUCUUUUGAAAUUGAGUUGAGGAUCCAAGAGAGUAUUAGGUUGUUGCAGCGAAGCCAAGGGACAUAAAGGGUGCUGGGAAUUUCAGGAGUUUUGAUGGUUCCAUCUAGGAAUCCCAGCUUGUUUUUUAUUGAGAUGGCCAAAGUGAAUGAACGGUUCCAAGACAAAUAGUUGGGACCUGUGAGGUGAGGUGUGACUACCACAGUGUUGGCAUUAUCACUGUGGUGGAGAAAAAAUGGACUAUUAGGGUCCUCAGAUGGACUUGGAGGGGGGUGAUUCUCAGCCAUAGGAACAAAGGGUUAUGGAAAUAAGGGAGUGAGUGAUUGACAAAGGAGAGAAAAAUAAAUAAAGCAGGGAUAUCAAACCUUCUCUGAUACCAUGUUGAAAACUGAACUUGAGGAUGAAGUUGAAGUUUAAAGAAGAAGGAUGAAGAGGUGAAUGAGAGAAAACUUGAGAGACAACUCUGUUGAAGAGAAAACUUCUUGCUAUAUUGAUUCUAUAAUUACAAUGGUGAAGUGCAGUGAUUAUAUACAGCUUGCAAGAAUAUAAAAGAAAGCUGAAAAAAGCUAAAAAGAAAAACAAUUCCUGACACACUUUACAUAAACACACAUAUGCAUUAUACCAAGAGCAGGGGGGGGACAAAGCACGUUCAUCUUAGCACUAGCAGGGCACUCACUUACUUGGUGCAAGGUUGUCUGAACUUGCAGCUUUCUGUGUAGUGGAUGCACCUUCAUCUGCUGCUGCAGCAGACUUUAUUCCUUUCCUCAUGUGCCUCAUUGGAUUUGGUCUUUGUGAGCAAACACAUUGACAAGGAUAUAGGCCGCAUUAGGCUAUUGUUGAGUUUCUGAAUCAGUCAUGAUGAGCAAGUUGAAGUUUAAGCCAUGCGUCUUCCUAGCACUGCUACUUAGCAUGUUCCGGUACUCCACGGCAACCACUGCGACGGGCUUCGACUACGGUGAGGCCCUCAACAAGAGCUUGCUGUUUCUUGAGGCACAGAGAUCAGGUAAACUUCCAACAAAUGAUAAGCGAGUCGCGUGGCGGGGCGACUCGGGACUCAAAGAUGGGUAUUUGCAGGGGGUGGACAUGGUUGGAGGAUAUUAUGAUGCAGGAGAUCAUGUGAAAUUUGGGCUGCCAAUGGCUUACAGUGUGACAAUGCUUUCAUGGGGAGCUAUACAGUUCAAGAAAGAAAUUACAGAGCUAAACCAAAUGGGACGCAUGUUAUGGGCCAUUAGAUGGGGUACUGAUUACUUCAUUAAAGCACAUCCACCCUAUGUUCUAUGGGCACAGGUGGGCGAUGGGAACUCUGAUCACUAUUGUUGGGAGCGUGCUGAAGACAUGACAACUCCAAGAGAUGCUUACAAGAUUGAUGCAAAUCAUCCUGGUUCGGAUGUUGCCGGUGAAACUGCAGCUGCCUUGGCUUCAGCUGCCAUAGCUUUCCAGUCUUAUAACUCUUCCUACUCCAAUCUCCUCUUAGUUCACGCCAAGCAGCUUUUCUCGUUUGCGGACAAGUUCAGAGGUUUGUAUGAUGACUCUAUCCCGUCUGCUAAGCAAUUCUACACAUCAUCUGGUUAUUGGGAUGAGUUAUUGUGGGCAGCUGCCUGGCUGUUUCAAGCUACCAAUGAUGAGUACUAUCUGAAAUAUGUAGUGGACAAUGCUAUGUACUUUGGUGGAACUGGAUGGGCUGUCAAAGAAUUCUCUUGGGAUAAUAAAUAUGCUGGUGUGCAAAUCCUUCUUUCAAAGGUACCGUUGGAGGGAAAAGGCGGUGCAUACACUAACAUAUUAAAACAAUACCAGGCCAAGGCGAACUACUUUUCCUGUGCUUGUCUCCAAAAAAAUGACGGCUACAAUGUCUACAAAACUCCUGGGGGAUUAGUAUACGUACGUGAAUGGAAUAACAUGCAGUAUGUCUCAUCCGCUGCAUUUCUUCUUGCUGUCUACUCUGAUUAUCUUUCUGCAGCAAACGCCAAGUUCACCUGUCCUAGUGGUGGCCUUGUUCAACCUCAGGAGCUCCUCAAGUUUGCCAAGUCACAGGCUGACUACAUUCUUGGCAAAAAUCCCAAGUCGAUGAGUUACUUAGUUGGUUAUGGACCAAAAUAUCCGACUCAUGUUCAUCACAGAGGUGCUUCAAUUGCCUCCAUAUAUGUUCUCCAUUCAGCGGUUCAAUGCGUGCAAGGUUUUGAGACAUGGUACCAUCGAUCUGAGAGAGAUCCCAAUGUCAUAUACGGAGCCCUGGUGGGUGGUCCUGAUAAGAAUGAUGACUUCUCCGAUGACCGCUCCUCUUAUGAAGAAACCGAGCCUACACUUUCGGGCACUGCUCCUCUUGUGGGCCUCUUCUCUAAGCUUCAGGAUGCAAAUGGUAUUUCGGGUGCUGGGACGAGGUCAUUUAAUUUCCCUCGCAUGGCCUUGACAUAUGUUGUCAUGGGUUUCUUGCAUGCAGCUGCUCCUAUUGAAUUCCUUCACUCCAUAACCAGCACAUGGACUACACAAGAAAUGACUCAUUACAAGCACAAGGUGAUAAUCAAAAAUACAUCUGGGAAGCCAAUUACAGAUCUUAAGCUGGCGAUUGAAGAUCUCACUGGUCCUCUCUGGGGCCUCUCUCCAACUAAUAAAAAGAACAUCUACGAGCUUCCUCAGUGGCAAAAUGUCUUAAACCCCGGCUCACAGUGCGUUUUUGUUUACAUUCAAGGCGGUCCUCAAGCUAAGGUCUCAGUUCUAAGCUGGAAGUAAUAUUAAUAUUAUUUUACAACUGAUCCAAGGUCGGGCGCAUGAAAUUAAAAGAAAGCUAAGCUGUGAAUUUUCAUGGAUACAUACACGUACAUGAUGAUCAUGAUCAUGGAGAUAUUGGACGACUGGCCUACUUUUUUGUUUUGUUUGUUGUCAUAGGAAUUGUUGGAUUGGUCAAUGUGCGUACGGCCUGCGUUUUACUGGUAAGGUACUGAGAGAUAAAUUAUUAAUAUACCAUAUAAAUGGAAGUUCAUGAAAUUAAUGAUACAUAUAUAUAAGGGAUUAAUUUUGAGGUU